UUUCGAUAUAUAAAUGAAUAUCAUAUUGAUGUAACAUUUUCUAUAUACUAUCCUAUAUAUUAUGCAUUCAUAUAGACUAAAUUGUAUAGUGGCUGUCAGGGAUUUUCCAGUGGCUUGUUUUUGUGAGCCAGAUGACCUUGAAUCACCAGAACUGAUAUGAAGCCUUUAAAACUGUAAACAAACUUUGGAAACGCGAAUUGGGACUGAAAGGAUAAUGAUUAUAUUUUCUAUAGAGUUAAAGGGGUAUAGCAGUUCCAGUUAUACUAUGACUUUCAAGGAGUUGCUACAGAAAAUUAUAGACGUGAAAAAAAAAAAAAACACAUAUUUAACCAAUUAAUUCGUCUGGGUUAAAUAAGAGAGACAAAUGAAAGAUAAAGCUGUGGGCUGUUACCUCGUUCUGUUCUCCAGCUUUUUUUAGCUGGCAUAUUUUUUAACCACCAGAGGCCCUAAUCUAACAUAAUUCUGACUGGAAAUGUUUUUUUCUUAAAAGCAUAUAGUCUGUAUUGAUACAAGAGUCGGCUAGCCUUUAUUUUUAUUUGGGAGGUUUAAAAUUGGUGCUAUUGGUUUACAGACUAAAUUGCGCGCAUCUAGUCUAGUAUUGUUUCUAACUGUGAACUACCUCGGAGGAGAAAUAAAAGUAAAGUAUGCCUGCUUCAAAGUAAAUGGAUUGGCUGCAGUUCGAUCAGUGUACAAAGAAAGAGAGGGUCGGAGCUGCAGCGCGUCGCAUUCAUUCAGCAGCGCUCGUGUUGCGUGAAUUACGCACGAGAGGAGAGUGGACGUGAAUAUUCAGCAGUGGACUCGGAGCUCAGUGCGUAACACGGAGACGCCGGGAACCCCCAGUCUACGAGGAAAGACAUGGAAGUUUGCAAAGGACGUUUGCUGGGCAUCUCGGUGGCCGUUGCGCAUGGAUUUUUUUCGGGAUCGCUGAAUAUUUUGUUAAAAUUCCUCAUUACGACCUACAGCUUUACGUAUCUGACUUUAAUUCAGUUUCUAACCAGCGGCACUGCGGCUCUCACAUUAGAGGUGCUGAGGAGACUGGGCAAAAUAGAUAUACCACCCUUCAGCUUCCAGUUAGUCAAAGUUUUUGCAAGUGUCUGUAUUUUGGCAACUUUGCAGUCCACGUUAACCCUCUGGUCUCUCAGGGGAUUGAGUUUACCCAUGUAUGUUGUGUUUAAGCGAUGUUUGCCAUUGGUAACGCUCGGGAUUGGAGUGUGUGUACUGAAGAACGGGAUCCCAUCAGCUGGGGUAAUAACUGCUGUUCUCAUCACCACUGGAGGAGCAGCAAUGGCUGGUGCUGGAGAUCUAACAGGUGACCCCUUCGGCUACGUGACUGGCAUUUUAGCUGUGAUCGUCCACGCCUCCUACUUGGUGCUCAUCCAAAAAGCGAGUGCAGACAGUGAUUAUGGGCCGCUCACAGCCCAGUACACCAUUGCAGUGGUGGCCUCUCCCGUUCUCUUCAUCUGUUCCAUUGUAAGCAUGGACGCCAUUAACAUGUGGACAUAUGAAGGUUGGAAGAACCCGUAUAUCACAGGCAUCUUCUGCAUCUGCAUUCUCAUUGGCUGUGCGAUGAACUUCACCACACUGCACUGUACCUAUAUCAACUCGGCCGUCACCACCAGUUUUGUGGGGGUGGUCAAGAGUAUAGCUACUAUCACUGUGGGCAUGUUUGCCUUCAGUGAUGUAAUGCCAACCAAACUGUUUGUGGUAGGCGUGGUAGUGAACACCAUCGGCUCCAUCACUUACUGUGCGGUGAAGUAUCACGAAACCAAAAAGAAGUUAGCCUACCAGGAUAUGGAUGAGUCUGCUAAGGAUGAAGAACUUCCAGGAGAACCUUAUGUGGAACCAGCCAAGCCUGAUGGAGAUAUGGAAACUCUUCCAAAUAAUCUGGAGAGUGUUCCCAAUGGCAGCCUGACAGCAUCAGUUGACGGCAAUGACCAGGGUUCUAUUCGUGAGAAUAAAGUGGCAGAGUCCAUAGAAUUAGAAAGACCGGGGAUCCCGACGGACGAUCCUACGAGACAAUCUCUGAGCGACAGUUACGUAGGGGUCUGGAAAACCAUUCAUACCUUAAAGUUCUUUAAGAAAGACACUUUACUUGACAACAUGGAGGUUCAAAGUCCUUGAUGAUUGGUUUUAUGCUUGAAAGAAGUGCAUGUUAAGUUUAAGUAUUGUUGAACUGAUGAUGUGAACAAUGUUUGGCUUUUUCUCUUCUGAACGUCAUUUUAUGAAAAACAUUUAUUUUUUAUAAAAAGGUAUAGUCUGUUUGUAUAUUAGAGGGAGUAUAACUAUAUGAAAUUGAGGAAUCCCCAAUAACAGAUGUGCCAAUUUAUUGCCUAAAAAUAAAAUAUCCUUUCAUUUGCGAAUCGGUUUAAAAUUACUUUGGGGGAAAAAAUCUAAUAUCUUAAUAGAGCUGGUCUACUAAAAAAUGACAAUUCUACCUUCAUUUAUUAAUAUUCAUAUCAUAUGAUUUUCUUUGUUCAGUUCCCAUUAACUUCCAUUAUGUGGACAACAGUGGAAGUCAAAAAAAUUCUUCAAAAUGUCUUUUUCUUUUUGUGUGUGUUUGUAAUGUCAUGAGGGUCAGUAAAUGAUGACAGAAUUUUUAUUUCUGGGUGGACUAUCCCUUUAAAUUUAUUUUGAAUGAUUAUUUAUGUUUCUAUGCACGCAGUGUCUGUGCCUGUAUAUUUUCUGUGGUUUGUCUACGAAUGCAAAUCUUGAAUAGGAGUGAUUGAAAUAUCCCAUUUGCAUGUAAUAUGAACAAUUAAUUGAAACUGAUUUUACAUCAAAAUUCUGAUCUUUGUGUAUCAUCUUUAAUAAUGCCCACCAAUCGAGAGACAAGUAGAAGUCUUAUGGGGAUCUCAUCACAUCCAAACAAAUUAUCAAAUAUAUUGUAGUGUUUUGGGUUUUGGGACAUCAUUUUUUUUUUACUUUUACAAACACUUUUACACAAACUUGCCAUUUGUUGAUCAGUUUUAAAAUCUCACAAUUAAAGGGAAUGUCUGUCGAGCUUAUGUUAGCUGACUUUACCAAAUGUUUGAUGCAUUUGAGUGGGUUCUUUUCAGUAAAAGUAGACCAUUAUCAAAACUGAUUCUUUAGGCAUUGCUAGACUACUUUAAAUGCAAAACAUACUGACAUGUAUUUCUAAAUAUAGAAGUCCUACAUCAUUUUAAAGCUAUAGUUUAGCCAAAAUGACUAUUUGCUGAAUAUUUACUCCGUUUCAGACCAUCCAAGAUGUAAAUGAGUUAGUUUUUUCAUUUGAUCAAAUUUGGAGACAUUUAGCAUUACAUAAUUUGUUCACCAGUGCAUCCUUUAUAUGUAGUGAAUGGGUGCCGUCUGAAUGAGAGGCCAAAAAUCUGAUAAAAACACCACAAUAAUUCACAAACUCCAGUCCAUAAAGUAAUUAUUUUGUGAAGUGAAAAGUUGCAUCUUUCUAAGAAACUAAUUUGCAUCUUGGAAGACCUUGGGGUAAAUUCAGCAAUUUUUUUUUCUUUAACACCAGGAUAAUGUAUUUAAAUUGCCUUUCAAAUCCUAAUUUUUUGGUUUGUUAGCGGCAUUCAUUAUUCUCAGGCAAAAAGCAUCUUUAUGAAUAAAUGUAAACUAGACUUGAACUAAACUUUAGACCUCUCUGAACAGUAUUAUUUGUUGUUGCACUACAGCAACAGAGGUUUAGCCUACUAUUCAGGGAACAUUCAUGUUACACUCCCCAUGGUUUUCCAUUUAAAAUUAUCUUUGCCUGACAAUGAACAAGUAAAAGCAAAUAAACUUCUCAUGAGUA